AUGCGAGGGAAGAGGAAGACUAGAGCUGUGCCGGAGUUCUACGAUCAUUCCCGGCAUCCAAGCAUACGUCUUAAAGCCCCCAGUGCCAAGAAGAAGAAGAUGACUUUGUUGCGAGUAGAGCAAGCGGACGUCCAAGUGGAACUGCUCAAUGGUAUCCUGUGCAGAACAGAUGCGGUGGCUCGUGAUAUUUUCUCAUUGGUCGUUCAGCACAUGAAUAUCAAUGAGCAUGUAUUUUUUGGGCUGAGCUUCAUGAAAGAUGGUGAACAUUUCUUCCUGGAAGAUCAUCAACGGCUUGAAAAUUUUGCGCCAUCCGGAUGGAAGAAUGCUCACAAAAAUGGACUUCGAACGAAUUUCGUGCUGUACUUGCGAUUCCGCUUCUAUCCACAAGUGUCUUGA